CUCUCCUUAGCAACUUUGUUGCGAGAGUAUAACAAACCGCUGGCCCAUGGCAUUAUUUUAUAAUACGAGUAUGCUGGGCUUGCAGCGUUCAGGAUGUUUGAUCUUAGUCACCCUUUGUGGAACACCAAUAAGUCUGAAAAGCGUUAAAUAUUUUUGAAAGAACUCUCUAUGGAGCUAGCGCAGAUGCAAUUAAAAACCGAUGCAAAACAAAAAUGAAUUAUACAACUAAAAUUGGAAUGGACUUGAUCAAUUUCAAACGGUUUCCUGCAGUGGUGAGCUCGCGUCCGGCAAUACAGGUCAACACUUUGAAACGGCGGUGUGAAACCUGCAAAACUGAUAAGAUCGAUAAUAAAACAACAGCAGUUUGUGACCAUUGCCUUAUUCCGACAUGCACUAAACACUAUAUAAGGACGUGUGAAAAGUGCUAUUUUGCAAAAUACAGUGCCGAAGCUGACUCAGGCAGUGAUGAAGAAGUGGACAAUACUCGAACAACAUCUACACACGUUGACAUUAUAUCAAUAUUAUUUUCAUCCAGAAAUCUAAUAAGUUCCAAUUUAUACUGGUUUACACCCUUAGCAUUCCAUAUAUCGGGUGAUUUUUUAAGAGCUUGAUAACUUUUUUUUAAAA